UCCGCGCAGUCCGCAGAACACGAUCGCCGGAUCACGAUGGUAACGCCGAACUCGACCGUAGUGUCCGCGAUAAUGCCGAGCACCGUGUCGCCCGGGUUCCGGAUGGCCGUCGUGGUGCCGUUCAUCGUCGGCAUAUUCGGCAACCUGUUGGCGCUGUUGAUCCUGCGCCGGAUCCGGAGCAGCAGCAACCAGAAGCACGGGUUCCUGUUGCGGUGCUUGGUCACCAACGACUGCAUCGCACUCACCGGCAUGUUCCUCAUGUUCGUCGUGAAAACCCUGUGGCCGGACGUCAAGAGGGACGUGUGGAUGUGCCGGUUCCUGGUCCUGUGGCGGUUCUUCGGGCUGAGCUCCGGUUGCGUGGCCAUCGUCAUGGCCGUCGAACGUUGGCUGGCCCUCACCAAACCGUUUUUCUACCAACGACACAUUAGCCUUCGUUUGUUGAAGCGAAUGAUAAUCAUUCUAUGGUUAGUAGUAUUGUGUUUGGUAUGUGCCCCGUUCAUCGGGUUCGGUGUGUACUGGGACGCUCAAAAGCAGAGUUGCAGACGUCCUCGAGACGCCGAAGAACCAAUGGACGUGUUGUACAUAUAUAUAUUAUACAGCUUUGGUGUAUUUUUGUGCGUCGCAAUAACGUACACGAAUUUGGCCGUCAUGAAAGCUCUGUGUAUGAAAGAUAGUCCUCUCAACAAACACAACAUGCUGUUGAGACGCACAAGCAACGGGAUGUCGCUCGCGUGCAACGCGGCCACCAGGGAAGAGAGAUCGUUCGGCUGGCUCAUGUUUUUCUUAUGCGUCGCGUUCGUCGUCUGUUGGCUCCCGCAAUUGAUAGCGGUGCCGUUGACCAGGAUCGUGGCGAACGAGAACAAGCUGAAGCCGCUGCUGUACGUGGCCGACAUACUGCUGGCACUGCACUUCGCGCUGGACCCGUACCUGUACGUGCUGCACCACUGGCAGCUGAUCAAGUCGAUUUUUUUGCGGCCGGCACACGGUGACAUCCACCGGAACAGCAGCAGCGCGACUGUGAGCCGAAGCGGUUCCAUGCGAACGUCAUAUGACUACGCGCCCAGCACGCAGCCGCAGCCGAUUUGACACGGCGGGUGGGCCCGUUGCACGUGUGAGCUUGUUGCGCGCGUGCGAUGUGUGAGCACGUGGCGCUUCGCUGUGCGUAUGGGCGCGCGUCCCGUUAAUGCGGAUUAUAUGAAUAUUUCGGUUUCGCGACGGCCAUCGAACCGCCGCCGCCGCUUUUUUCGCGAACGAUACGCGUGAACAAGGGCGGACCUGGUAUCGUGGGGCCCGAGAGCUUAAUCAACUGGACUUAUCGCAUAUCGACAAAUAAAUGUUUUCGGUCAAUAGUGCUCAAUCCGUUUCGAUUCACAUUGGUCAGAUAGUAAAUUAAUGGUGUCUUAUUUAAUAAUAAUAGUUAUAAUAAUAAUAUUUUAACAACAUGUAACAACAUUUUGUAUACGAAUACCUAUGCAUACAUUUUUUUUUAUUAUGACACUAUCGAAGACCCGAAAUGCGAAUCUCCUUUGCCUCCUUGGCCAGUCCACCCCAGGAUAUAAUAAUUGAGGGGGGGGGGUGAUAAGUACGUCUUCGACGUUAUUGGACACCGUGGACAGUGCGUUCAUAACAAAUCUCUAGUCAAUUUCCCCCGUUCGGUUCACGAAGCUUACGGUUUUCGCGGACGGUAGGAAAACAAUUUAAACGGUUUUAAAUGUACCGAAUUAUUGCAUAGUAUGAAAACGGUGUUCGUGUAACGUUGCUCAGGGGAAAUGUUCGCUUUAAACGCAGUCUGCACGCACGCUCAUACGUACUUACGUUAUUUGAUCAUGACGCACAAAAGCAUAAUAAUCGAUGAUGUGUACAUGGAUAUAUUCACGUGUUUGUGUGUGUUUUUUUUUUGUUUUUAGUCAACUACCUGCAUACGUCCCCCAGUGGUACCGUUCCAUCCAAUAAGUACUCGCUGUUGCUAUGAUAAGCAGGGAAGUAAUCGCUAAAAAAAAUACAACUACAUUUUCAUUGAUUGAAUGAGCGAAUAGAAAUGUCUAUAAUCAAUUUUUUCUCUCUCUUUCUUUUUUUCUAUUUUGUAGUCGGUUU